GGAGAGCUCGCUUCCUCUCUUGCCUGUAUUUACUCGCACACGGUGUCUGCAGUUGCUGUUCCUCUGCUCUAUUCUGUGUUUGAGUGUGUGAGUGAGAGAGUGUGCAGGUAACGCACCACGAUGUUGGACCCAUCGUCUAGUGAGGAGGAAUCGGAGGAGAUAGUAGAGGAGGAGAGCAAGGAGGUGCAGGCUCCGGCCCCGGGCAGCCGGUUGUCCCCGAGCAGGACCAGCGAGAGCAGCGGGGGUUUGCAACCCAGCAGCCGGAGCAGCAGCAUUCGACCGUCCAGCCCCAGCCCAUCGGUGGUGAGUGAGAAAGAGAAAGAGGAGCUCGAGAGGCUGCAGAAGGAAGAGGAAGAGAGAAAGAGAAAGCUUCAGUUGUACGUUUUUGUGAUGAGAUGCAUCGCCUACCCAUUCAAUGCCAAACAGCCCACAGACAUGGCGAGGAGGCAGCAAAAGAUAAAUAAGCAGCAACUGCAGACAGUUAAAGAUCGCUUCCAGACUUUCCUGAAUGGAGAAACACAGAUAGUGGCAGAUGAGGCCUUUAUCAAUGCUGUGCAAAGCUAUUUUGAGGUGUUUUUGAAAAGUGAUCGUGUGUCCAGAAUGGUGCAAAGUGGUGGAUGCUCUGCCAACGAUUCUCGAGAGGUGUUUAAGAAGCAUAUUGAAAAGCGAGUUCGAAGUUUGCCAGAAAUUGAUGGCCUCAGCAAGGAGACAGUCCUGAGUUCCUGGAUGGCAAAGUUUGAUGCUAUAUAUCGUGGUGAAGAGGAUCCACGCAAGCAGCAAGCCAGAAUGACAGCUAGUGCAGCAUCGGAGCUGAUCCUCAGCAAGGAGCAGCUGUAUGAAAUGUUCCAGCAAAUUCUGGGGAUCAAAAAGUUUGAGCAUCAACUACUGUACAACGCCUGUCAGCUUGAUAACCCAGAUGAGCAGGCAGCUCAAAUCAGGCGGGAGCUGGAUGGGCGUCUUCAGAUGGCAGAUCAAAUAGCAAGGGAACGCAAGUUUCUAAAGUUUGUGUCAAAAGAAAUGGAGAACAUGUUUAUUGAAGAGCUUAAGUCAUCUGUAAAUCUACUAAUGGCAAAUCUGGAGAGUAUGCCUGUUUCUAAAGGAGGCUCAGAAUUCAAACUCCAGAAGCUGAAACGCAGUCAUAAUACCUCCAUCAUCGACAUGGGGGAGGAAAAUGAAAACCAGCUCUCCAAAUCUGAUGUUGUACUGUCUUUUACACUUGAGGUAGUGAUCAUGGAAGUGCAGGGUCUAAAAUCUUUAGCACCAAAUCGCAUUGUGUAUUGCACAAUGGAAGUGGAGGGAGGAGAGAAACUGCAGACUGAUCAGGCUGAAGCUUCUAAACCAACCUGGGGUACCCAAGGUGACUUUACCAGCACACACCCACUUCCUGCAGUAAAGGUGAAACUCUUCACAGAGAGCACUGGUGUGUUGGCUCUGGAGGACAAAGAGCUUGGGCGGGUUGUUUUGCAUCCUACACCUAAUAGUCCAAAAUCAGCUGAUUUACAUAAAAUGGUUGUUUCAAAAAACAGCACUGAUCAGGAUCUGAAAAUUAAAUUGGCAGUUCGAAUGGACAAACCACAGAAUAUGAAGCAUUGCGGGUAUUUAUGGACCAUUGGUAAAAAUGUUUGGAAAAGAUGGAAGAAAAGAUUCUUUGUUCUAGUGCAGGUCAGCCAGUAUACAUUUGCAAUGUGUAGUUACCGGGAGAAAAAAGCUGAGCCUCAGGAAUUGCUGCAACUGGAUGGAUACACAGUGGAUUACACUGACCCACAGCCAGGUUUGGAGGGUGGUAGGGCAUUCUUUAAUGCAGUUAAAGAAGGAGACACUGUGAUCUUUGCCAGCGAUGAUGAACAGGAUCGCAUCCUUUGGGUUCAGGCAAUGUACCGUGCAACUGGUCAAUCCCACAAGCCUAUUCCUCCAACUCAAGUCCAAAAACUUAAUGCCAAGGGAGGAAAUGUACCCCAGCUGGAUGCUCCCAUCUCCCAGUUUUAUGCAGACAGAGCGCAGAAGCAUGGGAUGGAUGAAUUUAUCUCUGCCAAUCCUUGUAUGUUUGAUCAUGCUACACUCUUUGAAACGCUACAAAGGCUGACUCUGGACCACAGACUUAAUGAUUCCUAUUCUUGUUUGGGCUGGUUUAGCCCUGGCCAGGUAUUCGUGCUGGAUGAGUAUUGUGCACGUUAUGGCACCAGAGGCUGUCACAGACAUCUCUGCUACCUCAAUGAUUUGCUUGAAAGGGCAGAAAAUGGAGCAAUGAUUGACCCAACCCUGCUUCACUACAGCUUUGCCUUCUGCGCUUCACAUGUUCAUGGCAACAGUGUGAAAGUGGCAGAAUUACUUGUCUCAAAGCCAAGUGUAGAUGGUGAGGGGGAUAAAUCACUCAAUCCCAAAGCAAAUGAGCCAGAGAGUGACCUAAAAAAGGACAGAAAGGAGUCCAGAAAAGGUUCUAGAAAGGAUUCCAAGGCGCAACCAAAACCUGAGCCAAAAAGGCCUGAUGGAAUAGGAACUGUAACAGUGGAAGAAAAAGAAUGUUUUGAGGAGAUCAAGGAGAGACUGCGCAUACUACUUGAGAAUCAGAUUACUCACUUUAGGUACUGCUUUCCUUUUGGACGACCUGAGGGUGCAUUAAAGGCUACCCUGUCUCUCCUGGAGAGGGUGCUGAUGAAGGAUAUAGUAACUCCUGUUCCUCAAGAAGAGGUUAAAGUUGUAAUUCGGAAAUGCCUGGAGAAAGCUGCUCUAGUGAACUACACAAGACUUUCUGAGUAUGCCAAAAUUGAAGAAAAUGUAGCACAAUUAGUCACUCCCAUCAAAAAACUGGAAGAUACAAUUCGUCUUGCAGAACUGGUUAUUGAGGUGCUACAGCAAAAUGAAGAGCACCAUGCAGAGGCCUUUGCUUGGUGGUCAGAUUUGAUGGUUGAACAUGCAGAGACCUUCCUAUCACUGUUUGCUGUAGACAUGGACGCUGCUUUGGAGACACAAGCCCCGGACACCUGGGACAGCUUCCCAUUAUUUCAGCUGCUCAAUGAUUUCCUGCGGAGUGAUUAUAAUCUAUUAAAUGGAAAAUUCCACAAACACCUUCAAGAUGUCUUCGCUCCUCUUGUGGUUAGAUAUGUCGACUUGAUGGAGUCAUCAAUUGCACAGUCGAUUCACAGGGGCUUUGACCGAGAAUCAUGGGAACCUGUAAAGAGUUUAACAAGUAAUCUUCCCAAUGUGAAUCUACCAAAUGUGAAUCUCCCCAAAGUACCAAAUCUACCAGUUAACCUCCCACAAAUGCCUAGUUUUUCUGCUUCGUCAUGGAUCGCCAAUAUAUAUGAUGCUGACAAUGGCUCAGGAACCUCAGAAGAUUUAUUCUGGAAGCUGGAUGCUCUGCAGACCUUCAUUAGAGAUCUGCAUUGGCCAGAGGAGGAGUUUGCAAAACACCUGGAGCAAAGACUAAAGCUCAUGUCCAGCGAUAUGAUUGAGUCAUGUGUUAAAAGAACUAGGAUUGCGUUUGAAGCCAAGCUACAGAAAACAAGCAGGUCAACAGAUUUCCGUGUCCCACAGUCAAUAUGCACCAUGUUUAACGUGAUGGUGGAUGCCAAGACACAGUCCACAAAGCUUUGCAGCAUGGAGGUCGGCCAGGAACGGCAAUACCAUUCUAAAAUUGAUGAGUUGAUUGAAGAAACUGUCAAAGAAAUGAUAACUCUCAUGGUUGCAAAGUUUGUCACUAUCUUGGAAGGAGUGCUGUCUAAACUGUCCAGAUACGAUGAAGGGACUCUCUUCUCAUCCUUUCUGUCAUUCACUGUGAAAGCAGCUUCCAAGUAUGUGGAUGUCCCUAAACCUGGGAUGGAUUUGGCAGAUGCCUACGUGACCUUUGUGCGCCAGAGUCAGGAUAUCCUGCGUGACAAGGUCAAUGAGGAGAUGUAUAUAGAAAGGUUAUUUGAUCAAUGGUACACUAGUUCCAUGAAUGUGAUCUGCACCUGGCUAACAGAUCGUAUGGACCUACAGCUCCACAUCUACCAGCUAAAAAUCCUCAUCAGGCUCGUCAAGAAAGCUUAUCGAGACUUCCGGCUACAGGGAGUACUGGAUUCAACCUUGAACAGUAAGACCUAUGAGACAAUUCGGAACAGACUGACUGUAGAAGAAGCCACAGCAAGUGUUUCUGAAGGUGGUGGUCUCCAAGGGAUUACCAUGAAGGACAGUGAUGAAGAAGAUGAGGAGGAAGAUUAGAUCACAGUUAGAUUUAGAGGCUAAAUUUUGACAUAGCCUGUUAACAAAUGCAUGUACCACUCUGUUAUUCAGUUAGCCACAAUAGGAUCUUGUUUUUCAACUCCAUGUAAUUGAAAUGAGAGAACUGUUAUCAGUCAGAUUGAAAUUUUAGCUGUGUGAAAAAUUUAGCACUUAUUUAAACCAUUUAUUUCUACAUUAAUUUCUAUAUGUUCAUAAGCAAUAUGGAGUAAUCAUUGUUUGAUAAUGUUAAGUGAGAUAUGUAGGAAUAUUGCUAGGUGUGUCCCUGUUAAAAAUGCAGAACCUAUUUGGCGCUUCAUCAAUGUAAUGUAUAUAUAUAUCUUGAUGGUAAAAUGUUGUGGAGA